CCUCGCACCUCAUGGCGCGGCCUAUGUAGUUCCAGAGCUCGCGAGAGCCAGGGCCGUUGGCGGCAGUUGGAACGAAAUGAUGAGUGCCUUCUCAUGGCCCCAGAAUGGAAUGCCGCCAUCGGUAGGGUCUGCCGGGUAUAAAGGGGCCUUCGGAACCCCACCAAAGUCACAGCUAGGGAGGGCAGCGGGGCGCACCAGGCUGAAGGCUCACGGCACAGGGAGGGCAGCAAGGACAUGGGGGGAACCGCCUUAAACCAGGGAGUCCUGGAAGGGGACAACGCCCCCGGCCAGUCCCUGUACGAGCGGUUAAGUCAGAGGAUGUUGGACAUCUCGGGGGACCGGGGCGUGCUGAAGGAUGUCAUCCGAGAAGGAGCUGGAGACCUGGUGGCGCCUGAUGCUUCGGUGCUAGUGAAAUACUCUGGAUACCUGGAACACAUGGACAGACCCUUCGAUUCUAAUUACUUUAGGAAAACUCCUCGGCUAAUGAAACUUGGAGAGGAUAUUACACUGUGGGGCAUGGAGCUGGGUCUUCUGAGCAUGCGGAGAGGAGAGCUGGCCAGGUUUCUGUUCAAACCGAACUAUGCCUAUGGAACUUUGGGCUGCCCUCCCUUAAUCCCCCCAAACACCACUGUCCUGUUCGAGAUUGAGCUGCUUGACUUCCUAGACUCUGCUGAGUCGGACAAGUUUUGUGCUCUCUCAGCUGAGCAGCAAGACCAAUAUCCACUUCAGAAGGUCCUUAAAGUGGCAGCUACAGAACGGGAGUUUGGCAAUUACCUUUUCCGCCAGAAUCGUUUCUGUGAUGCCAAAGUGAGAUAUAAAAGGGCCUUGUUGCUUCUGCGCCGGCGAUCAGCACCCUCUGAAGAGCAGCACCUGGUGGAGGCCGCCAAGCUUCCUGUUCUCCUGAACCUGUCCUUUACAUACCUGAAGCUAGACCGACCCACCAUAGCCCUGCGCUAUGGAGAGCAGGCUUUGAUCAUUGACCAAAAGAAUGCCAAGGCCCUCUUCAGGUGUGGACAGGCUUGUCUUCUCCUGACUGAGUAUCAAAAGGCCCGGGAUUUUCUAGUUCGAGCCCAGAGGGAGCAACCCUUCAAUCACGACAUCAAUAACGAGCUGAAGAAACUGGCUAGCGAUUACAGGGACUAUGUGGAUAAAGAGAAAGAAAUGUGGCACCGCAUGUUCGCGCGCUGUGGCGAUGGUUCUACAGCCGGAGAAAGUUGAAGGUUCUUCACCUACCAGCGAGGGGAGAGAGCUGUGGUUCUCCAUCAUUGGGGGAGUGGAAGGGAGCUCCCCAGUGCCACCGUGGCAGCCACCUUCCUGGAGCAGGGCUUGGAAUGCCCCGUGGCCGCAUCUCUGACAGAUGCGGCUGAAAUGUGUUUUCACAGGUGCUGUUUUCUGUUUUCCGUGUUCAUAACACAGGAGAGGAGAGCAUAGCUACUGACAAGUAGAACACUGCUACUUUUUUAAGGCAGUUUCUUGUUUUUUUAGACGGAAAUAGUCUUUGGCUUCCCUCCCAGUCCCAGCCCCCCUUCCGGCUGCGAGUGUCCCCGGGUCAACACCAAUAGAGAUUGCUUUGUGUAUUUUGUAGGGUUCUCUGUUUUGAAGAGAGAAUUAUGUUACAAAUGUUUUUGUUGUCAAUAAAUAAAACACUUCCUUGUCCUUGCAA